AUUUCAGUUUCGUGUGCAGGCGUUGAUAUUUAUGCAUGUAACUAAUUUACAAGUUUAUAUAAAGCAGUCAUAUAACUGCAAGUAGUGUUAUAUAAACUGCUAAGGCCUUGAAAAAGGCGAGAAGGUUCUGUAAAAACUUCGUCGAGCAGCUUGGCAAAAUCUGAGGAUGAGGAUGAACACUUCGGCAUUUUUCUGGAUCGUUACCGUAGUAACGUUUCUUGUGAAUUCAGGUAAUGCAUUUCAGUGUGGUAACGGUCCAUCUAUCGAUGACCAGAACGUUUGCGACUUCAAACAGGAUUGCUCUGACGGCUCAGACGAGACAACAUGCCCGGCUUCAUGCAACUUCGACUCACCAGAUCUGUGCUACUGGACCCAAGACGAGGGUGACGACAUCGACUGGACUUGGUUUGAUGUAGACACGAUAUGGCAUGAGUACAAAGGACCGGUUACAGAUCACACCACACAAACUUCAGCAGGCCACUACAUGUUUGUCGACGGUACAACAUCAAGCAUUAAGCAAAAGGCCCGGCUUAUAAGCCCUGUUUUCAAGAUGGCGCCCAGGGGCUGUACGUUCUACAUGUGGUUCUACAUGUUCGGCCCUGAAUACGGCGACCUGAGAGUGAAACUUCUGGACGAGAGUGGCGAGAGUCGCGUGACCAAAGCUCUGGAUAAUGCGUUGCAGUACAACAACUGGUACGAAUGGGAGUCCCAGAUCCCAACGUGCACCGAAAACUUUCAAGUUGUGGUGGAGUCCAAAGACAAGCUUCAGGUUCCUACGGAGAGUGGUUUUGCUCUUGACGAUGUAUCGUUUGUAGACUGUGAGUUCCCGGAUCAGAUGCCCGUCGGUCAGUGUCCUCAAAGUUCCAGGCAGUGCAACACUGGGGAGUGCUACCCGAUAAAACAACACUGCGAUAUGGAGCUAAAUUGCUGCGAUGGAACUGAUGAAGCGAACUGCGAUAUACAGGGCUAUUCGUCGUGUGACUUUGAGAAUGGACUAUGUGACUGGCAACAGCUUCUCAAUGAUGACUUCGAUUGGACAUGGCAACAAGGUGGUACGCCGGACAACUGGCGGCGAACAGGUCCACAGUACGACCAUACAACGGGCACCGUUGAAGGAUGGUACGUGUAUACCGAGUCUAGCGAAAGGAGGAGAAAUGGAGAUAGAGCCGUCAUGGUCAGCUUCCCGAUCGUUGGCGUGACAUCUGGAAAAGAUUGUGAUGUACGAUUCUUCUACCACAUGGAGGGCCAGGGGAUCGGGACUUUGAAUGUUUACACCCGGACAGCCAUCAAUGGACCGUUAACUCUCCUUUGGUCCCAAGAUAGGCAGACCGGUGAGCAGUGGAACUACCAGAACUUGGAGCUGAAUGAAGAAAGUGACUUCCAGGUUGUGUUUGAAGGUGUAAUCGGCUACACUGCUGAGAGUGACAUAGGACUGGAUGACAUUAGCUUCACACCUGAUUGCGUAAGAGGGAAUAGUCUACCAGAAGUUUCCACUCCAGAUGGAGUAUUUUGUAUUCCCGAAGAGCUGCCAUGCAAUGGGAAUACUUGUAUUGAUCGAGCCAAGUAUUGCGACUUUAAACAGGAUUGUGGAGAGGAAAACGAGGAUGAAAGAGAUUGCCCUGACAGCUGUGACUUCGAAAGGGACCUCUGCUCUUGGACACAAGAUGAUACGGAUGAGAUGGACUGGUCAAUAUUUACAGCAAGAACGGUCCCCUCAGGAUACAAAGGACCUGCAACAGAUCACACCACAGGAUCGGCACAGGGUCGGUAUAUUUAUGUGGAUGGAUCUACUUCGCGGACGGGUCACAAAGCGAGGCUGAUCAGUCCCGAAUACAAACUGGCGCCACGAGGUUGUACCUUUAACAUGUGGUUUUACAUGUUCGGUCCCGAGUACGGCGACCUGGAAGUGAAACUGCGGGAUGACCGAGGUCAGAGUCACGUGACUAAAGUUCAAGACAACGCAUUGCAGUACAACAUAUGGUACAACUGGAAUUCCAAAAUUCUCCCCUGUACACAAAAUUUUCAAAUAGUUAUAGAAUCAGAAGAUAAGCUCCAGGGCCCCAUUGAGAGUGGUUUUGCUGUAGAUGAUCUGUCCUUCACGGACUGCGCAUUCCCCGAGACGAUGGCCGUUGGCACCUGUCCUUCGGAUACGAUGCAGUGCGGCACAUGGGAGUGCUACCCAGCUGUUAAUCACUGCGAUAUGGAGUUGGAUUGCUGUGCCGGGACGGAUGAGACAAAUUGUGAGAGCCAAGGCUAUAUCCAGUGUGAUUUCGAACAGGGCUUAUGUGACAACCAAUGGGAGCAGCUAAACACCGAUGAAUUUGAUUGGACCUGGCAGCAAGGCGGUACCCCGGAUAACUGGAGAAGAACUGGUCCGCAGUAUGACCAUACCAAAGGCGAUGAAUAUGGAUGGUAUUACUAUACAGAGUCUAGUGACAGAAGGAAGAAUGGGGAAAGGGCAAUGCUAGCCAGCUUUCCCAUCGCGGCUGAUACCUCGGGAAACUGCAGGAUUCGAUUUUUCUACCACAUGGAAGGGCAAGGGAUCGGUACUCUGAACGUCUAUACAAGAACCGCCAUUAAUGGUCCGCUAUCAAAGAUAUGGAGCAAAGAUAGACAGAUGGGAGAACAAUGGAAUUACGAUAACCUAGAACUACGAGUUUUAAACGACUUCCAAGUAAUAUUUGAAGGGGUUGUCGGUUAUACUGCUGAGAGUGAUAUAGGACUGGAUGAUAUUAGUUUUACCAAAGAAUGCGGUCGUGCUGCUAGUGGUCUACCGAUUGUAGCGACUGAAAAAAUGACUACAUCAAAACCUGACCGGCCCACUAUACCAUCGUGUCUUGGGGGAAGGUUCACGUGCUCAGCAGACGGAUCGUGCAUUGACGAAAGCAUGUUGUGCGAUGGCAGGAGUGACUGUCCCGACUCUCAAGACGAGGCUUCGUGUCCGGCAGAUAAAGAUAAUAAUCCCGUGGCAAUCGGUCUGGGAGUAACGUUUGGUUUUCUCUUCGUAGCUGUUCUUGCCGGUGGUGUAGCUUAUUACAUCAAGAUUUAUUCAAAGAAAACUCCAAAACUCGUCAGCAAUGAAAUGGCUCCGGGAGUAUCAAAUCCCACAUAUGGCAACAAUCCGACCUCUUUCAGCAUGGACAAGUCAGACACACAAGCAUAAUGCAACAUUUUAAAGUACAAAAGCAAAUUAUAGCACAGAAAAUCAACUAUAACGACAGUGGCAGAUCCAAGAUUUUUACAUGCAAAAACAGAAGAAAAAAAAUGCUCUCGCUCCAAAAUGGAGGUCAUUUUGUUCCCGGAAAAAAUUGAAAAGCAAAAAAAAAUCCUUACUUGCUUAUGCGUGACAUAUUCACCGAUAAAAUAUUUUUGGUGCCUCUCGAUCAACACGGAAAUAUUUCCGUGCUCUCAAAGGGGUGGGGGCGGCACAGGCCGGAUGUGCCCGGCCUACCUAGAUCCGCCACUGUAUAUCAAGUUAGAUUGGAAAGCGAGUAUUCUGUCAAGUCGGAACCAGGGGUGAUGAAACAGAAGGUAUGGAAGGGGGCGACCACCCUAUUAUUUUUUUAGAAAUACAAAAGUGACCAGCCUCCCUAAACCAACAAUAAGGUAAGGUUCUCUGUAAAAUUAGCAAAAAGUACUAACUAGAUCUUCGAAAAGCAAGAUUAAAAAUAGGUUAUCUAAAAGAGCAAUUGUCCUUCAUACUAUCCAAAUUGGAAAUCGUAAAGUUGAAUAAAAGAGAAGAUAUAAAAGAUUUUUUACACCACUUUUUGAUGACUGAGUGGAAAUUUUACCGAAAUUGUUCAAUGCUUGAGUGAACCAUCUACUUCAGACCUUUCUGCUUGCGUUCAGUAAGCUCUCGCUUGAUUUCUUCUGCAAUCAAUCGAGUACUUGUGUCGGUUAGUGUUGAACAAUUUCGACAAAUUAGUUUUUCAAGCCCAUUAAAGACCUCAAAAUUCAUUUUUGGUGGCCUAUUGGUGGUUUUGGGGUGGUUGGUCACAAAUGAGGGAAAAAUAUGUAAAAUCAAGAAUACUCAUUUAGGGAGCAAAAUUACUUAACUAAAUUUGAAGGCGUUUUUGCAUUUUUAGAAAAGAAAUCGUUGGAGGUGGGUCACUUUUUUGCUACAAUUUGAUAUAAAAAGAUGUACAAUGUAUUUUCUGCUUUUUUAAUAUGAUUUAAUUCAAUUUCGUCAUGUUUUUAUUUUAUUUUUCAUUUACGUAAUCAUUUAUUGAUUUUUAUUCUUCCGGGGAGGGGAGGGGGCGUGGCAAUAUCAGGACUGCUCGCACGUUCAUAUUUCAUGUACAUCAUUAACUGAAAUCCGUCAUUGCUUUAUAUGUUAGAACUCAACUAACAAUACAUUUUUGUUUAUUUUUGUGUUUAUCUAAAAUAUGGAAAAUACAUUAUGAAUUUGUAAAAUCAAUGAAGUCUGAACUUCUUUCC